AUGGAUGAAGGUCAGGAGACGAUACUUGCCCAUCUGACACCGUCUGGAGAAGUAGACGAGGGCCCUAUCAUUCAAGCCGCAGGAGAGUCGGAAACCACCGAACUGAAGCGUCUCCUCGACCUGGCAGGGCGUCUGCCUCUGAAAGAGCGGAAAAGAUUCGUCCUGGACUUUGUGUGGUCCGAACCGCUCGGUGGUGUUUGGGACACACCUCUGUUGCGCGCAACCCGCAACGAAAGAUCGGACAACGUCGAUAUCUUGCUUCGCGCCGGUGCAGAUCCAAACGGCAUCAGUACGUUCUGGCAGGAAACUUAUUCCUUCCGCUUCCGUCGCGUGGUAGUCGGUGACAUGGAUCUCCGGGCCGAGAAAUAUACCAACAUGACGUCUCGUCAAGUAGGGUCACCAGAGACGCAGCUGCUUCCCCUCGCGCAGGAGGAGUUGGACUCGCGAAGGGACCGCAGCUCACGCUUCUGGUGUGGGCCAGAAGACCUCAACUUGGAAUAUGCGCCAAACGGCGAGGCCCUCCAUUCCGUCGCACUCGCCGGGGGCACAUCGAAGGCCAUACUGAACAGACUGCUUCAGGCUGCGAUCUCCGCGGACAAUGAUGACAUGCUCGAAGUACUUCUCGGGCGCGGAUUAAAUCCAAAUACCCGGUCACUGAUCGCCGGCUGCCAGGCUUUCACUCCGAUGGAACACGCGAUACGUACCGGCAACAUCAAAGCAUAUCGUCGACUUUACGCGCAUCCUCUGGCUGAUACUUCGCUUCUCACCCCCGCUUACAGAAUCCAUAUUCUUCAUCUCGCCGUAGCGCAGUUACGUGUUGACAUACUGGAGGCGACGAAAAUCCCGCUCUCUGAGUCACUGUCAACGGCGUUGGGGCACACCUUGGGUCAUAUUGCGUGCCUGCCUUUCGAUGAAACCCAUCUGCAGCUUUUUUCCUCCAAGCCCUAUAACCCCAGGCUUGAUUUCACACUUUUUGCGGAAAGGCAUUACCAGCACAUAUCGCGAUUGAGCGAGCCGGACUAUCCGGGGCCGGGCGAUAAAGACUCAAUUGGAAUCCCGAGAGCGUUGCCACCAGUGAAAGAACGCCGAUCGGACCUUCCUGAUCAAAUCAUCUUCGGACCUCCUUCUGACCAGUUCUCGGGCGCGCAAGCAGAAGUGAUGAAAAGGCUCGUCCAAGAACUUGGCAUCGAGAUUGUUCUCAUCAAGGACUAUCUAGGCAACACCCCACUGCACUAUCUUGCUUCGGCACGACACGUCAAUGAUCCCUUGAUCGCAUGGUUCCGGGACCAUACACAAGGAGCCUAUUGCUGGAUGGAGACCAAGAAUGGAUAUGGUUAUACUCCGCGGGAUCUUUGGGUCGACAAUGUUACAGUCAUAGAGCCAGGCUACUCCUCUGGACCACAUGGUUUCGACUGGACAUGGCACUGUUGA